GGGUGGAGGAGUUACGCGUACUACACCAUGCGUGCAAUUCUUGUUACAUGGUUGACGUCAUGGUCAUGCGUAUGGCUACAUGUUGUAUGCGGGCAGGAUGGACAUCGUUUUCUUCAACCUUUUCGCGACUUCGAUUGUGCGUCACUGCCUCUGGACCGUUCUUUAAUCGAUUGGAACGCGUUACGACAUCACAUGAACUUCUAUGAUGGCCACAACGGGGAACAUGAUUCCGUUCCGGAGAAAACAUCAAGUCAACCGAGAGGUCGCACAAGAACUUCUAAUGCAGGAGACCACAAUAUGACCAAUGCUCUACCGCGUUUGGCGGACAUAAUACCUUCUACGACCUCGACAGCAGAUGCUCUGAACUCUACUCGUCCACAUGCGAGCAGUGCGUUGUCAGUAGAUCGACCACAAAAUCAUGUGAAGACAAGAGACGCUCCAGCAUCUACAACUUCUCGAGC